UGUCUAAUAAUGCAAUUCCAAGUAUGCAUGUGCCUCUGUAUUGCCGAUUUCGUGAAGUGUAUCAUCAUUUCACAUGAAGUGUAUUAUCAAAUCCUCCAGCCUCAGGCACUGGUGUAAAAAGUUUUCUCAACUAACAUCAAACAUCUUUAUCCAAGAUGCCCAACCUCUCAGAAAAAGUGGCGAUCGUCACAGGCGCCAGCUCAGGCAUUGGCGCUGCCACGGCUGAACACUUUGCAUCACUGGGUGCGAGGGUGGUGCUGGCUGGACGUAACGAGGAUCGUCUGAAGGAGGUGGCCGACAAGUGUCACGCGGCAGGAGCUGCGGCCGAUCAGGUCCUCACAGUUGCUGGAGAUGUGUGCAGGGAGGAGUACUGCCAGCAGCUUGUCAGCGACACCAUCAAACACUUUGGCCAGCUCGACAUACUGGUGAACAGCGCCGGCGUUCUGGUCGGAGGCCCACUGGAAUCUCUUAGUUUGGAGCAGUACGACAAACAGAUGGAAAUCAACUGCCGUUCAGUGGUCUGUCUCAGUCAGUUGGCCAUUCCGCAUUUGGUGAAGACCAAGGGCAACAUCGUCAACGUCUCCAGUGUCACGGGGACGAGAUCUUUUCCGGGCGUCAUGGCUUACUGCAUGUCCAAGUCUGCAGUGGACCAGCUGACGCGAUGCGCCGCUCUGGAGCUGGCAGACCGUGGGGUGCGAGUCAACGCAGUCAACCCCGGGGUUAUCAUCACAGAGCUUCACACUCGCUCUGGAAUGGGACCCGAGAAGUAUAAGAACUUCUUGGAGCACUGCAAGUCGACGCACGCUCUCGGUCGUCCAGGAGAAGUGAUGGAAGUGGCCAAGCCGAUCGUGUUCCUAGCCUCGGAUGAUGCUUCGUUCAUCACGGGUCAAACGCUGGGAGUGGAUGGUGGGCGUAGCGUCAUGUGCCCAAGAUAGAUCGACUUGCCUUCCCGGAACAGUAGUAGUGCUGGGAAUGGUUUCAUCAUUCCCAAUGGGCUGUUCUGACGUGCGUUGAAUGCACUUGUCUGAUGUCGGGUAAUUACGUGAUGUAGCUGGGAGCGUGAUAAGGCUGAUGAUCGGUGUUAUCUUUGAUGGGUAUGUUUCAUUGGGUAUUAGUUCUCAGGUAUGUUUAAUCUAACAGGUACGUUUUUAUCAGGUUGUCAUGGAAAUACGUACGUUUGUGCCUAUUUGCGAACGUAUUCAGAGUGGCAUGGAUUUACGAUGCUUGGUCUUGACCUGAAGGUAUAUGAAACAGAUUUCUUAGAUAAAUACACACUAACCGCUUCAAGGAAACAA